AUGACCCGGCUCAACAGCUCUUGCGGCGGUCGAUCCCCUCCUCCUUCUCAGUGGGAAGCAAGAUGUCACCCCCUGGAGCCGGAGGUCUCCAAGAACAUCCACACCUAUUUCCUCAACGGCUGGAAAUUUCGCAGCGAGAAGGCCCGCUUGAUGUUUCCCCUUCAAGGGCUAGCCACGUGGCACUGUUAUGCCUUUCCUAAAGCAAAGGAUGACCGGAUCGAAGCUGGUGCUAAGCUUUCUGUUAUUCUCUUCCUUGUUGAUGAUGACCUAGAGCACAAGUCACUAGAGGAGGGAUCGGCCCUGGUGGAGAGAAUCAUCUCCAUAGUGAAAGGCGACAUCGAGCCAGAUCCUGCCGUCCCAGCUGAGUGGAUGAUGCGCGAAGUUUGGGAUAAUCUAAGCUUAAUCGACGCCAAGCUCACAGAUGAGAUGAAGGAGCCAGCGUAUCUCUUUUGGCGCUCUCAGGUUGCCGCUGAACGGCUGAAGCCCAAAACACUCAAGUCAUACCUUCACUACAGAGAGGCUGAUAUUGCCUCGGCGCUCCUGUGUGGUAUUCAGCGCUUUUCCAUGGAACAUCACAUCGCAGUUGAUGAGCUCACUCAUCUAUCCGCAAUCGAGAAGAACUACAGUGACUAUAUCACUGUUGUCAAUGAUAUCUGCAGCUACGACAAAGAAGCACGGACGGCGCAGACCGGAGAGGCAGAGGGCGCAGCAAUCUGCUCUUCCGUCCAAGUCCUGGCUGACGAGACUGGCUUGCUGCCCGAUAUGGCGAAGCAGGUGCUCUGGGCCAUGUGCCGCGAAUGGGAGAGGAAUCAUGAGCGGCUUGUUGGCGAGAGAAAGGGGAGAAAUGAUCUUCCGUCGGCGAUUGUUGAGUACUUGGAGGGGUUGAAAUUGCAAAUCAGUGGCACGGAGGCGUGGAGUUUGACAUGCUUCCGAUAUAAUCACUUGGUUGUCUGA